AUGGCAUCAAGGAGCGUUGGCUUUGAUUCCUAUUUCCCACUGUCCUUUGUCUUUGAGCAGGACGUUGAGUGCAAGUCUCGCGACAUGCGAUGGGACUUACUGGCCGUCUCAGUCGUCUAUACGUCUGUGAUGUCGCUAUUCACCGCUUCCUCGGCUCUCUUCUUCUUCGCCAACUUUGUUGGCAUCUUCUGGCACGUUGGCAUUGCAUCGGAUCCCCCAGGACACUCCAGCAUAGCUGGGCUCGUCUCGAACAUCCUCGGAAAGUUCCUGCCCGCCAUGUUCUGUGCCUACGUCAUGUACGACAAGAUGGGAGGCCGCCGUUUGCUCCGCGGGCUCACUGCGCAGGUCGAAAAGACGGUGCUCUGGCUCGGUGCCUGCUGGGUGGGCGCCUUGACUAAUUACACGCUCGACUUCAUUCCCAUUUCAAGAUUGACGGGUCAUGACCUGCAGCAGCAACCAGGUGCAAAGGCCGCGCUCGCCAUCAUCGUCAUUGUCUUAUUCGUCAUCGUUGUCAAGCAGAUCUGGUUCUUUAGGCAGGAAGGUCGGUUGCUGAAGUACCUAAAGCUGUACGCGCUCUUCGUCGGUGGCAUCGUCAUUUGCCUGCUGCUCCCGGGCCUCAACUUGCGCAUCCAUCACUACAUUCUAGCCCUGCUGCUGUUGCCGGGCACGAGCAUGCAGACGCGGCCCAGCCUCUUGUAUCAAGGUCUUCUCGUUGGUCUCUUUAUCAACGGCAUCGCGCGCUGGGGCUUUGACCCUCUGCUGCAGACGGGCGCCUCUUUGCAAGGCGAUGCCCAACAUGGCUCGCCCCUCCCCGUCAUCAGGGCCCCUGAAAUCAACCUUGGCGAAGCCCUGUGGACGGCCAACUUCACCUGGGCGACGCCUCCUGCCCCUCGUUUUGACGGCAUUAGCGUACUCGUCAACGAUGUGGAGAGGUUCCGGACAUAUUUUGACGAUGGCGAAGGCUCCGAGACGAGUUUCUUGUGGGAACGGAAACCAGAGCUGCGUCACAAUGAGUAUUUCCGCUUCGCAUACAUGGAGGGCACGCAGACGUGGGACUAUACCAAGGCGGGCAAGUGGAACACUGAGGGCGAAUGGACUGAGAUGAAGGCUGGGCCAAGCAAGGUCCGGGCGCGACAGCUUGAAGAGAGUGAAGUGAUUAAGCACAGGCGGUGA